AUGCUUUUCGCCAGCGAGCCUACACAAUUGCUGCGCGCUGUGGCUGUUACGCUGCUCCUCUGCGCUGCUCUACUCUUGCCACGACACUACAAGAGCGCUUCGACUCGAUGCGAAGAAGUCCUACACACGGGAGAUUGGUACGGCGCAUGCCUCGAACGUCAAUCCAUCUUUUUUCUUGGCGAUAGCAUCGCCAGGAAUCUUUUUGAGAGCCUAGCACGACGCAUCGAUCCAGAUGUACCGCUUCCUGGGAAAGACGACUUGGACGCACGUCACAAGAACCUUCCUUUUCCAUCAGCUCGAAAACCUAAAGGCAUGCGCGACUUGGCGUUCUUCUGGGAUCCCUACUUGGAAAAGCCACAUUUCAUGGCAGAUGGCAUGACCAUCGUCAGUACCGGCUUAUGGGCACUCAAGAAUAAAGGUGCCGAAGCUGUUAGUCAGUUCAAUACGAGCUUACACGCCCUUGUUGAGAGAUUCGAAAUGGGCAAGACGCCAAGUAGUCGUCUCAUCCUGCUGCCAGUAUCCAUGCCAGUCAUUGCUCGACUGAGUCCAGGCAGAGCUGCACUCGACGACAUCACAAGCAUCAAUGCUAUGAACAAGAUAUUGGACGGCUUCACGACUCAACAACAGAUCCACUCGCCUCAUGCUCUCCUUCAGAUGCAGCGUGGAAUGGAUGUGCAAGGUCCAGAUGGCUUGCACUUUAACGAUGCCGCAAACCAAGCACUCAUCAAUGUACUCCUCAACUACGAAUGCAACAAAGCCCUCACAUCGGCCGGUCUCGUCAAGAGUAGUUGUUGUGCUCAACCGCGAGUGCCGCCUUCAAAGCACCUCCUGGUGAUCUUGACCAUCUCUCUGCUUGCUGUCGUUCUGCUUGUCUCACUUUUGAAAGACGACUUACUCUGUAGGCCUCUCUAUUUCGCAAUGGUCCUUCUUACUGCCGUCGGCUUUUACAUCAACUUGGCAGACCGGACGUCUUUCAUGGCGAAGAUUCCCAAGCAGUUUGAGGCAUGGCCUUUUGCAGGAUGGCAUCUUCUGGCGCUUGUUGCUGGUCUGCGUACGCUCAAGAGGGAAGAAAAAGAUCCUGGUAUACUCAGUCGGCACCAGACAGACGAAUGGAAGGGAUGGAUGCAAAUCUCAAUUCUGUUUUACCACUACUACGGUGCCUCAAAACGUCCAAGCAUCUACAUUGGCAUCAGAUGCAUGGUUUCAGCCUAUCUUUUCAUGACUGGCUAUGGUCAUACUCUCUUCUACCUCAACAAGGCAGACUACAGCCUGAAGCGUGUCAUGUCCGUUUUGGUACGACUGAAUCUGUUGACGUGCUACUUGGCGGUGCUCAUGGAUUCGAAUGUCCUCUUUUACUACUUUGCGCCGCUGGUUACGUUCUGGUAUGUUAGUGUUCUCAUCACUAUGCGACUCGGUCAGCAUCUGAAUGACAUCAACGCAGCAGUCGUCUUCAAGGUGCUCAUCCUCAUGCUCGUGUCGACAUUUCUUGUUCGCUUCCCAGGUCUUCUCGAAUCAAUUGGAAGUUUGGCUGGCAAGAUUUUCAAUACUCAGUGGGAUAUGAAGGAAUACCGCUUCAGGAUGGCUCUCGACCUGUAUGCUGUCCCGAUAGGCAUGCUAUUUGCCAUUGCACAGAGGUCGUUCCCGAAAGCCCUCAGCGAGCGUGCUUGGAAAGGCAUUCGUGCUCUUGGACUCAUCAUCUCUCUCAUUACACUGCUCGCCUAUAUCAUCACCAGUCUGUUUGUGACAGACAAGUACGCCUACAACAAGGUACACCCAUACCUAUCACCCUUCGCUGUGGUUGCUUUUGUCCUUAUUCGCAACGCAACCCCUGGAUUCCGCGCAACACAUUCCCGCUUCUUUGCAUUUUGGGGACACAUCUCACUCGAGACAUUUACGCUACAAUAUCACAUCUGGCUGGCGGAUGAUACACAGAAUUUGUUGCAGUUGCCUAUUGCCGAUGCACUGUCCAGUAUUCUUUCACUGCGCGCGACGCGACUUGUCAAUAUGUUCACCACGACGAUCAUUUUCGUUUGGGUUGCGUAUGAAGUGGCUCAAGCGACUGCGACGAUAACGACGUGGUUCGUCAAGAAACCUGAAACCAAGGAAAUUGUUCAUGCUAGUGACGACCUGGAAUUGGAGGCUGUUCUUGCUCUUGAUUGUCUGGCUCUUCAACAUGAUUGA